AUGCCUUUUAGCGAGCCCCGGUGGGAUGGCGGUAAAGCCUCUUAUAAUGCUAUAAUGGAGUUGAGAGAUCUUAAGCUCCGAGAGGCUUAUGCUGAAGAGCCGGCACUCUGGGUUAUGUCAUUGCUUCAAGCUUUCGAAGUCAGGCGGGAUAUAUGCCGGCAUAAUCACAAGAAAUUUUUGAAGUGGGAAACGGCGCCUGUUAUCAGGGGGUGGGAGCUCUCCGAUAUCGCGGCCUUUAAGAGCUCUUGGGAAAUGGAAAUCGACCUUGGCGCUUCUUUGGCCUCCUUGAAAAGUUCUAGCAGAUGGCAGAUCAUUCCAGCUAAGAACAAAGGCAUGAUAGUGUUGUUCUAUGAAGGACUUAGUCAGCCAAUGAGCCCCCCAAAAAAAAAACGAAAAGAAAGCAUGCAAAGCCUGGACACCUUUACCAGAGGGUUAUCUUCUCGCAACUGUUCAGUGCUCGAGCCUAGGCUGGACCUCAACGAUCUGUAUCUCAACACCAGCAGUCCCGAGAAAAUCGCUGCAAUGCUUCGCCAGCCAACACCUGUUUCAGAUACUGCUACUACUACGAGAGAUGACACAAUUACAGCCGACACCGAAGACGACUCGUUGCUUGGGCCCGCGAUGGAGAAUUCGGACUCUCUUGAUGUUGACGAUAAAGGGCAGUGGAGUUACAAUGGCCAAUUAUCCACCACGAUAUUCAUGCAGCGACUUCAAAACCAGUUUGGCAAUUUGAUCGCUUCUCUUCCGACGCGAUCCAGGUCCAAAUUUGUCGAGCAGGCUUCAAAAGAUCCCAUGACAGAUACUGCGCCGUAUACAAUUUCCGUGAAUUACGGCCUCCCGCCAGAAAGUCGCGCAAGGGUUCUCUGCCAGCUGGCUUUUGACGAAGCAUGCGUUUGCUACCACUUUAUCCACAACCCUUCAUUUUGGACCUCUUUUGACCAGGUUUACGCGACACAACCGAAUGAUUACGGGGCAGAAGAGCGUGGCUUUUUGCCCCUUCUGUAUGCUGUUGUUUCUGUUGGCUGCUUCCGAGCCGAAGGACUAGAUAAACGGCUCUACAUAUGCGCCGAUGCCUGCAUCAGUGCUUCGAGAAACCUCAUCGACAUCACCAGAGAUAUGCAGGUCAAAGGGCUGCUGAGCGGCGCCGACUGGUUUCCCAUGCAUGCGACGUAUUUUACCAUUUUGACAUUGACUUAUCCGAUACUUGAGAACAACCAAAUUUCUACGCGUAAAACGGAUGUUCUGGAAGGUGCAUUUGAAGGCAUGAGCGUGCUCGAGGCUUUGGCUAAGAACGGUUUGGCUAUCGAGAGAUGUCCUCGUCUUCCGUCGCUAUUCAAGUACCUUCCCGAGACACUAUUCAAGCCCAAUCACCAAGUGGGAACUACCGACGUCGAUAAAGCAGUCCUGUCCCAAACAUACGUUUCCAGCACAAGUCCCCAACAUGCCACGCUACAGACCCCAGCGUCCUCGAAUGUGAACUCAGUCAUGGACCGAUCAAGCAUACAACGAGAGAUUGCUCCAUCACAACAGCCUAGCUCCAAUCAAGUAGAGUCAGACAUGAUGCGCAUGUUCCUUCCGCCUGAAAUGGUGGCUGCGCAAGCAGAUAAUGUUGACGACAUAUUUACACAUUUUGGGAUGGAUAUGUUUCAUGCCAACGAUGAUAGCUAG